ACUCAAGGCAUUAUUAGUGAAGCACGAAUCAAAUUAAUUUCAGGAAUUCCACAAGCUUUAGGGGAUAUUAAUGUCAGCUCUGACUUGUUGUCAUUACCAGAAGUACUUGAAACAUCUAAUGAACAUGAAUGGACAUGGAAUCCAGGAAAAGAAUUUUUUUUUCCUGUGAAAAUCAGCAUGGAUAUCGAAACCAUUAUUGAGCCGAGAAAAAGUGUUAAGAUCUCAUUGUUAACAUCUAGACUUCAAAUGAAUGUACCAUGGACAGCUCGAAUUAUCUAUUCAGUUGAUAACAGAGAAGUUCUAAAACCCAUCAGAGGAGAAUGGAGAGGAACUAUCUUUUAUAAUACUCGAGUCAAGGUCGAAAGAUUGUAUGCAAUUCCACCUGCCAUUUUGUUAAAAAUGAUCCCAGCUGAUUUUGCAAAUCUCAAGGUAGCUUUUAGAACUUUUCACGGAAAUUACCUACGCGCUGCUACUCGAGGUUUCGUCAAUACAGCGGAUGUUAUUAGAGAAUGGGAACACUGGAUUAUACUACCGCUAGAUCCUAGAGAAACUAUAUUUAGAAUCCGUUCAAUUCAUAAUAAAUAUCUUACUGCGCAUGGAAGUUAUGAAGGUGCUGCUGAACAUGACUUGUGGUCAAUUCAGUCCGUCGAACAUGGCACCUAUAUACAUUCCGGAAAAAACGACAUGCAUAUUCGUGCUGAGUAUUGGGAAAGAUACUCUAUUGUGGUUCUCUCUGAACCGAUUAUGGUUAGAAAUCUUGAAUACCAGUUUGAAAAAGCAGAAAAGAUUAUAGACAAACCAUUGACCAUUUCAUCAACUACACUCAUAAAUGACCAUGAUAAAGAAGUCAAAAGGACAGAUUCCAUCAGAGAACAGAUAGGAAGAAGUUUUAUGUUUAUACAGACUCAAGGCAUUAUUAGUGAAGCACGAAUCAAAUUAAUUUCAGGAAUUCCACAAGCUUUGGGGGAUAUUAACGUCAGCUCUAACCUUUUGCCAUUACCAGCAGGACUUGAAACAUCUAGUGAACAUGAAUGGACAUGGACUCCAGGCAAUGAAAUUUUUUUUCCUGUGAAAAUCAGCAUGGAUGUUGAAACCAUCAUUGAGCCGAAAAAAAGUGUUAAGAUCUCAUUGUUAACAUCUAGACUUCAAAUGAAUGUACCUUGGACAGCUCGAGUUGUCUAUUCAGUUGAUAAAAGAGAAGUUCUAAAAACAAUCAAAGGAGAAUGGAAAGGAACUAUCUUUUAUAAUACUCGAGUUAAGAUAGAAAAUUUGAAUGGUCCGCCGGCCCCGCGUACGCGGGGCGAACCUGGUGAGAAUAUAAGCCCUCUGUUACAUCUAUUAUAUUCCAUAAUUUAUUUAUCCUAA